AUGAAUACUACUUUAUCUCUUUAAUUAUUAUAAACAGUCGUAAAAAAGAGAUGCGGAAAAAUGUUGUAAGAAACGUUAAACAAAAAAUGGCGAAAUACCUGACGGAGAGAAGAAGAAAAAAAAAAUUAAUAAAAAAGAACUGAACCCGACACAUAAAAGUCAAUAAUGGUGGGCGUACGAGUUAUAAAAAAUUAUCUAUUUAUUUCAACAAAGUGAAUAAUUAAUUCUCAGCUAUAUACGGGAUUAAGAAACGAAAAAAUGACGAAAUAAACACACGCAGGUGAACAAACGUGACAAUAAAUUAUUGUUAAUGUUAGUACUUCAUAGCAGAGAGCAGUGGACUGUAUCAUUCAUAAAAUAAGAAUAAUUUUACGUCGUUAAAUACAUUAAUAAAUGAAAAAUUAAUAUUCAGGAAAAGAUUUCGGUUGCAUAUUUCUUCCAUUAAAUCACUUAAAUAAAUAAAUAAGAAGAAAUGGAUUCAACGAACGGCAUUUACGACAAUCAUUUACGCCAAAACAAAAUUUGGAAAGCACCAAAUAAAGAGAAUUCCGAUGACAAACCUAAAGAAAUUUUGCAUUUCAUACGAAAACCAUCCGGUCAUGUUUUACACAAUGCAAACAGCACUGAAUCAGAAAAGAAGCCACCAAUCUUACCGAAUCGAGCCAGUGUCGUGAUAAAUUUAGAUAAAAAUCGAAUACGAGUCGGCAGACGAUCGCGACUAUUGCCACGGCCGCUGAGUCUACCGAGCAGUUUUAAUCUACUGAAGAAUUUGAAACAAAAUCAAGAUUGUCCCGCAAAGGAAGCCAGUCUGGACAUUUCGUUGAUCAAGAAAUUGGAGGAUGAAAUAUAUCAGCGAAAGGAGGACAUACUGCGACAAAACGAAAAUGUGAUAAACAAGAAAUUGUGUGAUAAUGACAAGUGUAUGAACUGUUCAAAGACUCAGACUUUUGUUCCGAAUCAAAUCGUUGACACAAAAACGUUCGUUGAUGACACUAGUGCCUUUAGUGAUCCAAACAGUAAACCCGUAUUGCUGGUAGACUCGUCUAAGCUUCAACCACUUUUAAUGAAACAUGACCGAGACAGUGGAAGUGAGUGCAUUGCUGGUGCCAAAUCCAUUGUGAUUGUUGAUAAUUCGCAAUUCUAUCCAGUUCUAAUGACAUACGAAAUAAAAGAUAACACAGACAAUGACCAACAGUUGAAGACGGUCGCACCGAGUACACCCAAUCAACCCACCAAAAUAUCAGCAUUGUCGUCUGUGAACACAAAAAAGCCUACAGAACCAUCGAAGCAGAGUAGAAACUUCACGCACUUAUUCGAAAGUUGUUUCUGCAAAUCAAACCCACCUUCACCGGUAUCAUCUCCACAAACCACUAAUUAUCCGUCAUCAACACGUUCAACCAUCUCAACAUCAUCGUCAACGUCGUCUUCAUUAUGUUCGAACGUCAUAAAUGACGAUAAAAACAUGUCAUCAAGAAAAUCGUCUAAAUUUAAACGAUUUUUAAUACAGCGCCGUAGCUUGAAUUUACCAUCGAAAAGCCAUAGAUCCGAUGAAAUUGAAAUGACAGGCACUAAAGUGAAAGAUAAAAAGAAAUUUAUCUGCGCUGACAUACCGAACAUGUACACGACAACGACUAAAUGUGUUCCUGAUUUUCGGCUUGACGAUGACGAUGUACAUUUCACUAAUUUCGAAUGCAAAUUAAAAAACAAUAAAUUAAAGUGGUUGUUAAGCAUCCGACGAACAUCAAACACAAGUUCAUCGACUAAAUAUAAUUCGGUUAAAAGACGUUGGCUUAGCUGCGAUGCCGUAAAUUUGUCAGAACCACAUAAGUGUAACAAUUAUUUAUCCAUUUACUGUGAGGCGUUUCACAGCACCAACUGGAGCUGCGAGGAUGUGUACGACAUUCGUAAUCAGUGCAACAACACCGCAGAAAAUAAACAAUUUGACAGUUUUUUGACUAAUGUUCGUAAUGAAGAUAUUAAUAAAAUUACCACACCUGCUGAUUGUAAUGGCAAUAAUUUGGUGCGACGCGUUCGACGACGAUCAUCAUUUCGAAAUAAAAGCCAUAGCGUGGGCUCAACGGAUGUUGUAAAGACAUGGGUUUAUAGAAAAAGCUAUGAUGGAUCAUGCAACGGUGGUGGAGUGAACGAGCACCCUGUCGGGAGUCGUAGUUCUCACACUCCGGCUCGAUUCUCAUGCAAUAACAGUACUGAAACGGGCAUUCAUUGGAGAACUUCCAGUGUUGGAGCGGCCGAUUUUCGAAGUGGUCUCGUCGGCACCGACAACAACGGCAAACUGAAACAAAACAACAAAAUGGCAGAUUUGAAUAUCACGCGGGGACAUUCCCCGCAUUUUAGUCCGUCAAGGAAUAAUUCUCAAUCAGAAACACAAACUUUGCACGUACAUCUACCGAACCAUGGAUUUCGAAUGUUACGAUUCGAUGAGGCGUCAGAUGUCCGGCAAAUUAUCAAUUUGAUAGUAAACUCAAUGGCACCAGGACAGAAGACAAAUCCUCAAAGUUAUGCUUUACGUUUAAGACAUAUGUUAACCAAAGAGAUAUUAUGGAUGCCGCCGGAUACAUCAAUGUCACAAGUUAUGGCACAUAUAUCGAACCCAUCAUGCUCGAACACUGACUGUCCCAACGCCGACAGAAGUUCAGCGAAGAAACAAAGUCACAAAAACAAUAGUGGUGGUAGCGGUCAUGCGAAUAGUGUGUGGAAGGCCGAGUUACGAGUUCGAUAUAUUCCCAAAAGUUUGAAGGAACUCUACGAAAAGGACCGAACCACCUGCCAUUUCUACUUUGAUCAGGUGAAGCAAGACUACCUUCAGUCCAAUACGGCGACCAUCGAACAGGACAUUGCCAUUCAAAUGUGCUGUUUAGGAAUAAGACAUUACUAUAAAGACACUAAGGAAACUUCGGAUAAGAAACACCACGUCGACUACAUUGAGAAGGAGAUAGGAUUUAGUAAUUUCAUGCCAAAACCUGUGAUAGAUACGAUAAAACAGAAGAACUUAAAGAAACUGGUGCAGGCCGGUUACAAAAAGGUUUACAACUACACGGAAAUGGAGUACAUGUUGAAGUUCUUCGACCUGUUAAAAUCCCAGUACAUAUUCGAUCAGGAACAGUUCAUAGUGACGCUCGGUUCCGGAUGGAAUAUACCAGUUGAUCUAGUCAUUGGGCCUCACAUUGGUGUGUCGUAUGUGACGCAUCCGCAGGCGAAACCAACACGUGUAACCGAUUUUCAGAACAUAGAACGAAUAACGACCACAGUGCUGCCAGUAUCGAAAGACAGUCAACCGGCAAGUAACGCCGACAGCAAUGGAUCGUCCCAGCUGAAGGCAACCAAAAAUGGCAGUGCUUCGAAUAGUCCGAUAUUGAGUAAGAAAUCGUCGGACAAACGGAAUCAGACAACGUGCUUGUGCAACGAAAUCAAGACCCAGUUGAAGAUCAAAGUGAAAAACAAUGUGGAAGACUUAGCGAUUACUUGUAAUGGAGUAAAGACUGCAGAGAGUAUUGCCGAUUUGGUGGACGGUUAUUGCCGGCUGUUCAACAACACCGAUUUCAGUUUGUGGGAACGAAGUUCAACCCAUCCAACACCGACCAACAGCGCUACAAAUUCGUUGGAGAAGCCCAAACAGAAAGAAGAUCCAACAACAACAUUUUCAUCGGAACUGCCAAAGGAAUCGACCAAUGACAAUGCGUUGCCACCGCCUACUCUCAGCGAAGAUUAUGCUGAGAUCGGUCUGGGUGAAGAAGAGGGUGAUUACUCAACACCGGCAGCUCGUAACUACGAACUGGACCGCACCCAAAUCACGCUCAACGAAAUCAUUGGCAUCGGCCAGUUCGGCGACGUGCACAUCGGCACAUGUAAAGUGAAGCAAAAAUCGUCGGCACAACAGCAAUUUCAGCAACGAGAUGAUUCUAGUCUGGAAGAGGAAGGUGCAACGAAUGGCGAUAACAACAAUGACGGAAAGUUUGGAACGAUUCAUGUGGCUGUGAAGACUUGCAAGGCUGACGCCGAUAUGACUACAUCGGAAAAAUUCCUGGAGGAAGCUUACAUAAUGCAAAAGUUCGAGCAUCCGCACAUCAUUCGAUUGAUUGGCAUUUGUAGUUCGUCGCCGAUUUGGAUUGUAAUGGAAUUGGCCAGAUUCGGUGAACUACGAGCGUAUCUACGGACACACGCUAACAAACUAAAGCUUGGAACGUUACUACUGUAUGGGUAUCAAUUGUCUACAGCGCUCAGCUAUUUGGAGUCAAAGAAAUUCGUUCACAGAGAUAUUGCAGCACGAAACGUUCUCGUCAGUUCACAGACUUGUAUCAAGCUGGCCGAUUUCGGUCUAUCUCGUUGGGUCGAAGAUCAGUCGUACUAUCAUUCCAGCAAGGGAAUGUUGCCGAUAAAAUGGAUGGCUCCGGAGUCGAUCAAUUUCCGACGAUUCACCACGGCCAGUGAUGUGUGGAUGUUUGGUGUGUGUGUCUGGGAGAUUUUAAUGGAAGGCGUCAAGCCGUUCCAAGGCAUCAAGAACAGUGACGUGAUCGGAAAACUGGAAAACGGAGAACGGUUACCGUUGCCGAAUAACUGUCCGCCACGGCUGUAUUCGUUGAUGUCACAAUGCUGGUCGUAUGAGCCGCACAAACGACCCAAUUUCAAAAAUGUUAAAGAGACGCUCUAUGAAAUCUUACAAGAGGAACGAUCCAGCGACAAUGACACAAUGCGACGAGAAAAUCGUCGAGUUGCCGCAAUGAGUUGGGGUGCCGGUGAUGAUAUGCCGCCACCAAAACCUUCAAGAGUUCCCCAUGCUGAUUCGUCAUCGUUACUGUCACUGGGAGUUGCUGAUCAAGGUGCACCGCAGACUUAUAUCAUUGCUCAAAAUCCUGCCGUUUUGGCUCAGCUAAUGCGGGAGAACGAUACCAGAACGUUGAAUCCGUCAGCAUACACAACGCCUGCCUCGAGCCUUGACAAGCAAAUCCAUUUGGAAGCCAAGCUUCGUAAACAGCAAAUGGAAAGUGAAGUUGACUCUCGAUGGUUGCAACAAGAAGAAAACAAUUUGAAAAAUCGACUCAGUUUCAUUACAACUGGCGCCACCGAUUCCGAAAACGGACAUCUAUCCGGCAAUUUUUCGCAAAGUCCACGAUUCUCACCACAAAACUCCAUAUCGGGUCCGCAAAGUCUUGGCGAGUGUCCACCGACACCAACACAGCCAACAUUCGAUUCACGGCCACAUACACCCGGCUCCAAUCAGGGCACUUUACGAUCAUCAACCAAUGCUUCGCUUGAACGGUCGACAACAUCUGCAUCGUCUGACGAGAAACUGGCACCGACCAAACCACUCGACAGAACGAACGAUUUCGUUUAUUCGGCUACAACGAAUGUGGUCAAAGCUAUCAUGGCGCUGAGUCAGGGAGUUGAGAAAGCUGUGGCACAAGACUACUUGGAUUUGGUGAAGAAUGUUGGAUUUGAACUGAGGGCUUUGUUGGCGUCUGUCGAUGAGCUAUCAGCCAUUUUUCCAUUGCAAGCGCACAAGGAAGUCGAAAUGGCGCACAAAGUUUUGUCGAAAGAUAUGUUCGAGUUGGUGUCAACGAUGCGAUUAGCUCAGCAGUACAGUGAAACCACCUUAGAUGUUGAGUACAGGAAAAAUAUGCUGUCAGCUGCUCACGUGUUGGCUAUGGAUGCGAAAAAUCUUUUAGAUGUCAUCGAUUCACUUCGUGUCCGCUUUCCCGAACUAUUCAAACCACAAUCAACGACACCACUUCAACCGGAUUCAGUUCCUCGAUUUCAGUUCGACAUCUCGUCCCAACAACAGCAGCAACAACAAGUCUCAAUAUCAUCGCCCCAAAGUGACGACAGCUACCAGAUAAUGACUCGUCAAACCUACGAAAAUAUGUCACAAAUGCAACAUCAACUACCUCUACAGCACAGUUCACCACCCACUUCGUUGACGCAAUCGUACGAACAACAGUCGAACGAUCUGUAUGCCAACCAACAAUCGGGCGGCAUCUACGACAAUGACUGUGUGAUUAAUCAACAGAUGAAAAGUUUGGAAAUGGAUGCGAAGGCUGCACCGAAACCACCGGUAGCAGCGAAACCGUCAAAUUUACAGCAAAAGUUGAAAAUGAACGCUCGCAUUGUGGGCUGUGCGAAAACCGAUCAUGUUGGAAUGGAGGAUACGCUGAAAAUCGUUGAAGACGAUCUGUAUUCGAAUACAAUGGGUGGUAAUUCUAGUCUGCUACCAGAACCGGUGUCGUGUUCUGUUGUACAAGAAAAUGUUUUUCAGAAAGUCAAAAGUUCCGGUAAACUGGAAUAGAAUAACUGGUAAGCGUCUACGUACGGUUCAGUUGAUUGAGUGAUAGGUUAGUCUGUAAAAUGUUCUCUUUCAUUGUUUGUUUCUCUCAGACGGUUAGUUAUGAACGUAAAUAAGUAUGUUUAAUUCUGAAGUGUGGACAGGUCAUUUGAUUGGAGUGGAACAUUGAAGUGCGGAUCUUUUGCUAUUCUGUGUUACCGAUUAGGCAAUAUUGUUGGGAGUCGAAAGUUUUUUUUUUUUGUUUUCGAUGGAAACCAGACCGGAUUUAUCGUUUGUAUUAGAACUGACCGGUUAAUUUACCGAAUAUGAUCGUUGAAUUGACAGAUCGAAGAAAAGAAAAUUUCUUCAGAAAGUGAACGUUUUCGACAAGAAAGAAAUGAUUUCACUGUAAACCGUCAUGCAAUUGAUUUACAUAUGAUAAGCAAAGUACAGAAUGCAUUUGACAGAAUGUUUGUUUCAUAUGUAAAAAAAAGGAAAAAUUUAGAAUUAAAAAGGAAAAAUGAAAAAUUUGAAAAAUAUCUUAACCAAUUCGUACACCUAAAAUAAACGUCAGUUCCAGUUACAGUAGUUGUGCUUUUAAAAUUUGAUUUUUUUUUGUUUCUAUUCCGGCCUACAUAAAUGGCAAAAAGUGUAAAAAAAAAUAAAAAAUUUAAAACGAGAAAAUCAAAUGAGUCAACUAUUAUACCAGUACCCAGAGGGCGCGCACAGCAAUUGUUUUUUCGUUGAAUGACAACUGUCAAAGUUCACUAUCCAUAUCUGUCUCCUCUACCCAUGUCUACGAUAUGGUUAGCCUUGUCGAUGUUGACGAAUAAUUGCUGUACGUGCUCCAAUACACAUACUGCAUCAGUUUCAUAAUAAUGUAGAUUUUGAUAACGAAAUAAACUAAAA